GUGCGCGGAGUCCGCGGCCUGGGGCGCUUCAACCCCUCACUUGGAAGCGCCUCGCGUCCCAGCAGAGCCAGCCGAGCAUCCUACUCAGGUGAUGAGGAACCCUCCUGGCACCCAGCGCAGAUCGCUGCUGCCGCUGGACGCCUCCAUUGUUUGACCAUAACAAGGGCCGGAUUCUCACCCAGCAGGAUCCCAAGGCUUUUGUUGCCCUUCAGCCACUGUGGGCCCUGCCUCUGCCUCUUCUUCUGGAAUGUCUUGGGGGUUUUGACUUCUGUCACUGUGACCUGCAAAUCCAAGAGACACGUCUCUCUGGAAGAUAAGAGCUCCUUCCUCAAGAUCAAAAAAGGAGACUGCCGGAGUGACACCUGCGUAGGGAAUCCUCACCAGGAAGGACUGACACACCUGGACCCAAGGCGCUGGCUUCCCUGGAGGCUCCUGUCUGAUGUGCAGGAGGCAGGAUGUCAUUGUGACUCUGCGAGGGGAGGCUCCUGGUGACCGAGACCAGCACGCAGUAUCGCACCCUUGGCUACAGGGGACGCUGUGCAGGCCUUUUCCUGCAACUGAGAAGUACGAGAUUAUUCUGCAAGAGGAAGAUUCCAGGGGCUUAAAAACGCAAAGGUUUCUACCUUGGGAGCCCCUUGGAAUGUUGGCAGCUCAGGAUCUCAGAGAAAGUUCUGUGUUAACGAGUUACAGAGUCCACGUGGAAGUAAAUGUCACUUUCUAAUCAAUAAUAGUACCGAGUGAGGAGCACUAUGCAGGGAGGAACCUUCCAUAGAAAGACAGGCAGGGGAGAGCUUAGGCCGGCCUCGAACCUCCCGAGCAGAGCCAGCCUGAGAUAAGCACCAAAAUGGCCAAGUGAGAGACUCUGUGAAAUAGCAGCCCUGUAACUGUAGUAGUUGUGAGGAAAUCUUCUCUGCGAAAUCACGAUACCAAAUAGGAAACAUGAUCUACAAGUGCCCCAUGUGUAUGGAAUUCUUCUCUGAGAGAGCAGAUCUUUUUAUGCAUCAGAAAGUUCACACUGCUGAGAAGCCCCAUAAGUGUGACAAGUGCGACAAGGGUUUCUUUCAUCUGUCAGAGCUCCAUAUCCAUUGGAGAGACCACACGGGAGAGAAGGCGUAUAAAUGUGAUGAUUGCGGGAAGGACUUUAGCACCACGACAAAGCUCAAUAGACACAAGAAAAUCCACACGGUGGAGAAGCCCUAUAAAUGCUACGAGUGCGGCAAAGCCUUCAACUGGAGCUCACAUCUUCAGAUUCACAUGAGAGUUCACACAGGUGAGAAACCCUAUGUCUGUAGUGAGUGUGGAAGGGGCUUUAGCAAUAGUUCAAACCUCUGCAUGCAUCAGAGAGUCCACACCGGAGAGAAGCCCUUUAAAUGUGAAGAGUGCGGGAAGGCCUUCAGGCACACUUCUAGCCUCUGCAUGCAUCAGAGAGUCCACACAGGAGAGAAGCCCUAUAAAUGCUAUGAGUGUGGGAAGGCCUUCAGCCAGAGCUCGAGCCUCUGCAUCCAUCAGAGAGUGCACACCGGGGAGAAGCCCUAUAGAUGCUGUGGGUGUGGGAAGGCCUUCAGCCAGAGCUCGAGCCUCUGCAUCCAUCAGAGAGUGCACACGGGGGAGAAACCUUUCAAAUGUGAUGAGUGUGGGAAGGCCUUCAGUCAGAGCACCAGCCUCUGCAUCCACCAGAGAGUGCACACAAAGGAGAGAAACCAUCUCAAAAUAUCAGUUAUAUAAAGCAUUUUGCUAAGAGAUAAAAAUCUUAAAACCCAUAAGUGCCACUAGGAAGGAAAACCCUGUAAAUACCUACAUUGACCCAA